CACUUCUGUCAAUUUGUCAAAAAAAGGGAACCGGCCGCAGUCGGAUUUAUUAAUUUUCAAUGUUUUUUAUGGCUAAUUAAUAAGGAUAUUGCUUAAAUAAGAUUAGUGUAUUUAAGAUCAGAAUCGUCUCUGAUCAACGGAAUUAAAAAGAUGCAUUUAAAUACAUUCAGCAUUUUAGUGUUAUGCCUAGUUGGCUGGAGCAGUGCUAACACCCUCCAAGGUUCAAUAGACUUGAAGCGGAUCCAGUCUAUCCUCCAAGAGGGCCUCAAAAACAAGGAUGUUGCGUCACUGUACUACUCUAUCAAGGGUUUGAAAGAUCUCAAAGUACCAAUCCCUGAUGUUUGCCAGGACAUCAAAAAUGCCAAAUAUGAUUCCAAAAACAUUGAGCAAGUAUUCUACCUGGCUAGCGCCGCGGCCCUCUCAGGCUGCCAGAAUUCAUUGUCUACGGAUCUCCUCCGGCCGCCGUCGCAGGUUCUAGACAAGAAAGACGCAACCAUCCAGGAGCUGUAUUAUGCUGUGUACACACUAAAGGCUCUGGGCAAGGGCAGCGUUUACGACAAAGAAGACAGCCUCAAGAAUCUCAUCCAGCUGUUGAAGAAGGAUGACUCUCCUGCUAACUACGGCUACGUGUUCGCCCUGUGCGAGCACAUGGGCUGCACGGCGUGGACGGCGAGCCACGCUGAAGGCGUGCUGCUGGCAGCUGAUGAGAGCGACUCGCGCGCGCUGCACUUCGACGGCGGCCUGCCCGUUACCUCGAUGCUGCUGUCUACUAUCACUAGGUCGUACAAGCAGCAGAAGAAGGCGUCGCCGCUCAACCCUGAGCAGAAGCUGAAGUUCGCUGAAUACGUGCUGUCGCGUCGCUCGGUGACGUCACCGCGCGGCGCCGCGCUACUGUUGGAUGCCGCCACCGCACUCGCUGACGACCAGCCCACCCCCAUCAGCAUCGUCAUCAAAGGCAAAAAAUAUGUCACAUCUGACUCCGAUUCAAUCGAGUUCGCCGUCACCGACUUACUAGGACGUCCUGUACCCGGCCUCAAGCCUGAAGACGUGGUCGCUCAGUCCGGAACCCGCCUCGCCGAUGACGUCGUAGUCCUCUCCAAACAACCGCUGACUCAGAAACCCAACGAGCCCACGACUUUCGUCCUUAACCUCAGCAAGAUUAAGGCCCAAUACGGCAUGUACAAGAUCGCGCUGAGCGCUGGAGGCAAGACGGCCAAUGUGAAUAUUGCUGUGUUGGGCGAGAUCCAGGUGUCCAGUAUUGAGGUGGGAAUCGGCGAUGUGGACGGCACUACCAGCCCUAAAGUCACCACCGUGACCUACCCCAACAAGCUGACUGAGAAGCUGCAGGCUGAUCACUUGCAAAAGGUGACUCUGAAGUUCUCCGUGCGCGACAAGUGGAACAAGGCGGUGACGGUGCAGCAAGCCUUCGUGCGAGUGGGCGGCGCGCACGACGAGACCAUCUUCGUGGCCGAGCCCGACAACGCCAAGGCGUACAAAGUCGAGCUGGUGAGGCCAACUGAUAAUCUACAUAUUACCACAGAAUAAUAAUAAGUACUACGUAAUACCCUGAAAUCCUAAUUAAGGUGCGUGUCUGGGGCAUUUACUGUAUUAAAGUGAGAUUCUACUUUGAGAGUAAUGUUUUUACAUUAAAUUAUUUAAGGCAGAAUUAAAUUGAAAACAUGAAUUUCGGUAAAUAACAAUCCCUCUUAAGAGAUACACGACGAUUUUUCACUUGAGGCAUCUAACAUACACAAAAUUACACAAAUGUGUGUAAUAAACUAAAUAAAACAUAAAUCAUAAAACACUGGUCUUCUUGCUUAGUAGGAAAGUCAUACCCAUGUCUAACAUAAGCACUUCAUCAUGCACUCAUCACAUUCUCACAGAGUCAAU